UAAGACUAAAACAUUGAAAAUAUACUAAAAUAGAACUUUCAUUUUUUAUUCUCGAAAUAUGACUUAAAAUGUAUUUACAUUACCAAACCUGGUCAUGUACAUUACCAAAAAGUAUAGUAAUGUGCACAUGUACAAUGUCACAUUACAACCACAUUACUACAGUGUGAAGUCCUAUUUCGUAAAAAAACAUAAAAAUCGUCCUAUUUUAGUACUUUUCUCUAUGUUUUAGUCUUAUUUAAGAAGACAGUAUUUGUGGUGAUCCAUUUGGCCACCUGAACAAUGUCAAUGGCAGAUAUUGCUCACCCUCCCAUGGAGCAACUCCAAGACCUUGAGUACUGCAUAGACUCUAAUCCUCCAUGGCCUGAAACCAUAAUGUUAGCAUUUCAAAACUACAUUUUAGUAUUAGGGACAAGUGUGGUGAUUCCGACAACGCUUGUACCGCUAAUGGGUGGAUCCGAUGGAGACAAGGCACGAGUCAUACAAACAUUGCUUUUUGUGGCGGGAAUAAACACUCUUCUCCAAACACUCUUUGGGACCCGAUUACCCGCCAUUGUAGGAGGGUCCUUUGCAUAUGUCAUCCCAAUAAUCUACAUUAUAAGCGACUCGUCUCUUCAACGGAUAAGUGAGCCACAAAUUAGAUUCAUACAAACCAUGAGGGCAAUCCAAGGAGCAUUGAUUGUAGCUUCAAUCAUUCAAAUCGUUCUUGGCUACACCCAAGUUUGGGGUCUCCUUUCGCGCUUUUUCAGCCCUCUUGGUGUUGCUCCUGUUGUCGGAUUAGUUGGUCUCGGCCUAUUUCAAAGAGGAUUUCCAGCUCUAGGGAAUUGUGUCGAGAUAGGGCUUCCAACACUAUUGUUGGUAAUUGGUUUGUCACAGUAUUUGAAGCAUGUAAGACCAGUGAGGGAGUUCCCAAUAUUCGAACGUUUUCCUAUAUUGAUAUGUGUCGCAAUCGUUUGGCUAUAUUCCAUAGUUCUAACUGCUGGUGGAGCUUACAGAGGCAAGCCUCUUCACACUCAACUCAGUUGCCGUACUGAUAGAGCAAAUAUCAUAUCCACUGCUCCAUGGUUCAAGUUCCCAUAUCCAUUGCAGUGGGGUGCACCUACUUUCGCUGCAGGCCAUUCGUUUGCAGUGAUGUCUGCUGUUCUAGUGUCAAUGGUUGAGUCAACUGGUGCAUACAAGGCUGCGUCUCGUCUGGCGAUUGCCACUCCACCUCCCGCCUACGUGCUGAGUCGGGGGAUUGGUUGGCAGGGAAUUGGUGUUUUGCUCGAUGGUCUUUUUGGAACAGGGACGGGACCCACUGUAUCUGUGGAAAAUGUGGGACUCUUGGGGCUCACUCGGGUUGGAAGCCGAAGAGUUGUUCAGGUUUCUGCAGGCUUCAUGAUAUUCUUCUCCAUGUUAGGGAAAUUUGGAGCUGUUUUUGCAUCUAUACCAUUUGUCAUCUAUGCAGCAUUCUACUGUGUUCUGUUUGGCCUUGUUGGUUCGGUGGGGCUUUCGUUCCUUCAGUUCACAAACAUGAACUGCAUGCGCAAUCUGUUCAUCACGGGCCUUUCCCUAUUCCUCGGGAUGUCCAUUCCUCAAUUCUUCGAUGAGUAUUGGUCGGGGGCUCGCCACGGUCUUGUUCACACCAAUGCUGGAUGGGUAAGUUCUACUCAAUUCUAAAGUCUAAUGGGGGUGGGGGUGCGUUAGGGACUGGCCAAGGGUUGAUGUCCCAAUUGAAUUGAUGUCAUAGUAUGACAUUGGG